GUCAAGCUUUUAUAUUUUUCUUAUUGUAUUGCUUUUGUAUUUUGCGUUGCCGUAUGGUUUAGGAGGCCCAUUUUCUUAGAGAGCGAAGGGCAGUGUAGGUCGAAGUUUGUGCUUUUAGGACGUAUAGUGCUUGGUGCCAGGACCGCUCGGUGGUUGUUGCUUCCGGAUAAGAAGUCCUCGGUGCUAUAUUUUAUUAUGCUGUUGCGUAGAAUGUUCUGAUCGGUUUAUACGAUGUUUGAGUUGGUGGAAUCCAACAUGACUGUGUGCCAUUUCCAAAGUAACUUCAUUCGGUGUGUUGUACAUGUGCUGUAAUUUUGCAAAUGUUCAUUUAUAACGUGGAGUUGAUGCUGACAGCCUUCGCCAGAGUUUUGUUGCGGAUAGUGAAAGCAAAAUCAACAUGUAAUGUGGAGUGCUGGAAGAAAUACAACACAUUGACUAUAACUUAAACAUUUUGUGGAGUAAUAUACACUCAAAAUACCCGUGACGUUUCCUAAAGCUAUAUGCUCAAAUUCCAUAUCGUGGCUAUACGUAAAAUAGCGUGUUUUAGUGCUUGUUCAUGUGAAUUAAAUAAUAAGUUGGCAUACUGGAGUUACGCGUACAUUACGUUACGCUUAGUGGAAGUGAACUAAACUACAGACUAGCAGCACGAAUAGUUGUGUAUUGGUGCAGUCGGUUUGGGCUGGUUAUUUUGGUUUUCUCCGUUAUUGCGGGUUCUCAAAUACUUACCGCAGCAUGAUGUCAGGUGCAACGCAAGAUUGUAUACCAUCCCGUGGCAAUGGCGAAGUGAGUGUGAUUAAACCAGAACCGUUGGUUAAUGUGCCGGAUUCGAACGAAUCCUCGCCAGGCAGCAGUAGCCAUAAUAUGCUCGUUGCUACAAACUAUCAAAUGCAAGUCCCCGCAACUAGUAGCAAUAGUAACAGCAACAACGGUAGCACAGGAGUGUCCUCUCGGCGCUUUUCAACGUCACUACAAUCAUCAUCACCGGUUUCCUCCCCGUCACCCACACCGUCCGCCUGUGGUUCUUCAAAGCUGAGCAACGGUUCUGGUAGAUUUAACCCAGUGCCAUUGGCGGCGACUUUAACCAUUGGCAGUAGUGUUAUGACAACGGUUAGUAGCUCAGCUGGUGGUAUUAGUACUACUGGUAGCAGUAAUACGGCGAACUAUCACAAUUUCAUCGGACGGCUGAUUAGUAAGGACAACAUGUUGCUGAUAAGCGAGGACGUAAUCGAAGUUGGUCGCAAUUCAUCCAAGUCGCUGGUCGAUUUUCAUGUUGGGAAAAACAGCUUCGUCUCUCGAAAGCACUUCAUCAUUCAACAUGAUAUGAACGACGAGUUUACGCUGUUCUGCCUUAGCAAGAACGGUGUCUUUAUUGACAACGUAUUUCAUCGUAAAAGUGGCGAACCGUACAAAUUGCCGAAACUAUGCAGUAUCCGCUUUCCAAGUACGAAUAUCAAAAUCCAGUUCGAAAAUCUGAUUGAUCUAGCCAACAAUGGUAUUAUGAUCGAUUUAAACGAGCAUACACCAGUAAAAAUCACUGGCUGUCCCAUGAGCAUCCCACUGCAAAAUAUCACCAGCAAUAGCGUGGGCAGCGGCGGUAGCAGUACCAGCACCGGUGGUGCUCUCUGCGUUUCGGGCAACAAAUCACCAUCGUGCAGCGUAAUCUAUGCGCCACUAAAAAUUUCGAUUCCUUCCGAGCAGGGGGCUAGCGGUGGAACCGGACAGGGCCUUCUGAACGACAUUCCGCGUGGACGCUGUCGUGGUAGUCUUGUUGGUGGCGUAAGUGGAGGAAGUGGUGGUCGUGGUAGUGACAUACACGGCGGUGGUGGAGGAAGUGUCGGCAGCGGCUACCCGUCGCCGACGGGUACGAUAAGUGCUGCAAAUAGCUGCCCAACUAGUCCUAGGCAAAACGUCCACGACUUUGCCCAGUACAGUAGCAAUCAUCAUCAUCAUCAUCAUCAUAGCAACAUUAGUCACUCUACUGGCACCAAUACCAACAACAACAAUUAUUCUGAAUUUCAAGCACCUGCUACACAAUCUUUGGAAAGUGACAAACCACCGUAUAGUUAUGCGCAGCUUAUCGUGCAAGCUAUAUCUGCAUCGCCAGAAAAACAGUUAACAUUGUCUGGAAUCUACUCGUUUAUAUCGAAAAAUUAUCCCUAUUAUCGUACCGGCGCUAACAAGGGUUGGCAAAAUUCAAUCCGUCAUAACUUGAGCCUCAAUCGUUAUUUCAUCAAAGUGCCAAGGUCGCAAGACGAACCGGGCAAAGGCAGCUUUUGGCGGAUAGAUCCAUCCAGCGAGCUGAAGCUGAUUGACCAGAGCUAUCGGAAACGCCGCCAACGAGGUUCGCAAUGUUUUCGUUCUCCAUUCGGUAUGCCAAGAUCUGCGCCGGUUUCUCCUAAUUAUACGGACAAUUCGCGCGAAGGUUCCCCAAUCAACGAAGAACUGCUGCUGUCUGCACCAGGUUCUCCCGGACAGAACAAUAGUAGCUACUCUGCGAACAAUCAUGAUGGUUCCCAGCAAUCUUCCUACCAGAACCAAUACACAGCUUAUGCCAGUGCUGAUCACCAUCCGACCGAAGUUUAUGAAGAAGAUGAGCAGAUGGAAUAUGAAAGCGACGACUACGAACCAUGCAACAAACGUCAGAAGAUGUAACUGUCUCCUCAUUGUGACGGAAUUUUAUAAGGUUGAUAUGCAGCUGUCAGCUGUAACGCUGAACGACGUCCGUUAUUGCCGUCGUUUUCGUUUUCAUGGCAUCGCUUUUAGCGCUUUUCGCUUUUACCGAGUAGUGAAUUGACGAAGAGGGAGAGAUAUGUUGCUCGAUUCGGUUUGAUUGAACUUUAUUUUUGCUCAAUCAUUGAACUUUAACAAUCAACAAGGCCCUACACAAUUAAAUUAAAUUUAAAAAAAUAAGGAUUUUCUUUUCGUUUGCCAAGUUCAUUCCCGCUGCUCAAACAGAAAAUGCUUCCUAAUUUUAUGGUUUUUAGCAAAGAAAAUACAUGUUUUUCGAUUCCAUGUGAAGUAAGCGAAGAGCACCUCUGUCCAUUAUUACAAAACAUGUGAAGAAUGUAGAAGAGCGCUUACUUAGAGUGGACUUGCUUUAAAACUCAAUCGAAAACCUUAACUUGAUUGGUUUAAUAAGAUCGUCUAACUUGGUUGGUUUAACCUGAUUGGUUGAAUACGUUUCGAUGAUGCUACCGUCCAAAUGACGCGUCGUGAUUGGUUGAAAUGCUGGAAAAACGACGUGGGAAUAUUAUAAAUCAAUCAAUUUGUAAUCUGCAUAACUUACACAUUCUUUCGUCUUGAUUAGCGGGUUCCUAGCAGAUGGUUAGAAGGUACUCAUUCGUCUAAACUAACCGCAGUAUUGGUCGACUCUUUAUGUUGGUUACAAGCACGCAUGGCAGUGUUGUAACAUAGCUAAAACACAUUUGGCCUUCUUGAUAAACACCAUUUCUAUUUACCUGAGAUGACCUGGGAUAAAACUUUUUCAUUUGAACGACAAUGGAAAUGAUUAUCUUUUUAAGGUCUAUUACUUUGUCUGACAAAAGAUUUAAUAACUGCUUUGUCCUAGUGACUUGGUCCUAGAGACAUUCAAGUUUGCAGAAACUGUUCUUAUUGACGAGCGGUUUUUAAACAUGUCAUCAUUGCGACAUUGCAGGCAGAAAUUGAAAUUAGUUUGGCCAUAUUUUACUCAACCGCAUUGAAGCAAUCUCCUAGAUGGUGAAGAAUGCCUCAAGUUAUGAUGCAAUCAAAGGUCCAAAGAAUGAGAAAAAAGAUAACAGAGAGAGAAAAACAGAGAAAAAGAGAGAAAGAGAAAGAGAGAAAGAAAGAGAAAGAGAGAGAGAGAGAGAGAGAGAGAGAGAGCGAGAGCGAGAGCGAGAGAGAGAGAGAGAGAGAGAGAAAAUUUAGGUAUGUAUUUCAUUAAUUUGAAUUUAUUUCGGAGUAGCAUCUCUCUUUCGUUUACAAAAUAUUUGUCUAAAUUUUUGGUAGCUUUUUGCAAAAUUUCAAAUGAGCAGCAAAUGAAUUGAAUUACAAAUAUUUUUUUCGGCUUAUGAAACUAUUAAUCAUCAUCAGUUAAGAAUAAUAAGAAUAAGAAUCAGAGAAUCAAUAAUAAGAAUCAGAAUAAGAAAAAAAGUCUUGUUACAUUUUGUUCUGGAAGAAGACUAUUACAUAAUACAUGUCGUUUUCUUGAAUCUACGAAUGAUUGGAUUGGAUGAUUGGGGAAAAUAGAAGAUUAUUAUCUCUCUACCCAUAGCUUAGAGCUCAAGUAUGCUUUUACUCAGAUAUUCAUUUGGAAUUUGUGUUUAUUAAAUAGUCAUAAACGUGGUCCCGGUCGGGCAAUAUUUAGUUUAGUGUUAGUUAUAGGUGUUCAAAAUUGAAUUCUUGAUGAAGUAGAAUAGUUUUCGUUCUAUAUAUAGGUUACCUAUGCCUAUAUAUAGGUUUCCGCCAGUUUUUGUUAGCGAUUGAACGCGAAAUCAAGGAGUUCCGAGGAAACUACGCUGCGCUUAUCAAUAGCACAGAUUUUCAAACACAAAAGAACACACUAAUAUUGUACGAUAGCGUCGCCGCAACAAGAAAACCCAAUCAUUUAUAUAAAUCUACUUAAAGGUUUUGAAAAACCCCAAAUUUAUAAAUAAGUUCACUAUCGUAAAACUAUUUGAAAUUGAAAGCAUAACAAAUUGAUAGCGGGAUGAAUAAGUAAUAAGAGUUAAGUGCAUCCGCCUCCUUUAUAAGUGCAUCCUAUCGUGCAGAUCGUAUUAUACAUAAAGAAAUAAGUAUUUAGGAUUUUUAGGAAUUUAAGAAUACGGAGUACACGCCCAAAAUCCAAUGAAAAUAAAGAAAUAAAUCUUGGGUAACCACCAUGUUCUGAAGUAUGUGUAAACACAACAAAAUGUUUCGUGUAAAAUUAUGUGUUUAGGGCGCACAUAAACCAUCUGUAGUUUUAGAACAUUAAGCAUCGUGUUGUAAGCAUUUUGAUGGAUCACAUUACCGUGACGGUGUCAAUCGUUAGGGGAACAAAUGAAAUGAUUAUUGUCAGAAAAAAAAAACAUUUUGUUUGAAAUGAAUGGGAAGAGUAAUAUAGUAAAACCGAUGGAAAUAGUUUGGCAUGGUGUUGGGAUAAAUGUAUGAGCGACAGCAUAGAUGUCACAAUAGUAUGAGAUCUUCACCAUUGCUAAUGAUACUAAAACGGCACAUUGUUAUCGAACACACGCACAAACGUGUGCGCACUAAGAGCCCGUAGAGCAACAAAUUAAUGUCGGUAAUUGAUAAGCCUACAGUGCAUAAAACCAUAAAUGCGGCAUAUUCUUCAUCAGUAUAAGGUCAUCACGUUUCAUGUUGCCUUUGAACAAUGAAUAUAUCACAAUGCAAUACUUUUGUAGAUCUUUGCUGUCUUUUCAUCAUGGCCAACAUACACACGUAUUGAAUUCGUAUUUUUGGUCAUAUAACCAUGCCAUUGAUGUGGGAAAACGAACGAUAUACAUGUACACAGGCUGGCAAGGGAAGCAAAAAGAACGAGAAUAAGUAAUGCAUGGGAGGGUAAUGUUACAUUAAUAUUACAUUCAUAGACAGGUCGGUUUUGUUCUUUUUGCUCAUUUCGUACACCACAAUAUGUAUCAUUAAGAAAUUAUGGUCUACGUUAUUUCUUGUCUCGGAUGAUGUUCGUACACCAGUGCAGUUAACCCGUGCGAAACCGCUCUGUUGCAGGCCAGGAACGCUCGGAGGUUGUAUUUGCUGCAUAAAGAAAUGAAGAAUGUAAGAAAAACGAAUAUUCUAUUUAUGCAAAACGCGGCAUUGGUGUUUAAAGAAUUUAACGUACGUCUGCAAGUAAUAGCGCGCGUGUGUGUAUGUGUGUACCUGUCUGCCCGUCAGAAGUAUCUAUAUAAACAACAAUGAUUGUUGAGUUGGAUUGCUGAUCAAUGAGAAUAGUGUUACUGUCGAUGCAAGCAUCAAACAAAUGUCUGAAUAAUAUUCAGAUUUCUGAAAGAAAAACUAGGAAAAAAAUGAUAGGAAACAAAGUUUAUUAAACAAAAGUUUUUUGCAUUGCAUACAAGACAAGCACACUGGGCAUAUUCUUUACGACAACUGAACCAUACUUUAUUUGUCAUAAUAGUUUGCUUGCUAGAAACUUGAAUUAAAAAAUUGAGAUAUGAAAACUUUCGGAAAAGCAAAUGGUUACAUGAAUUUACAUUUUCUUGAAUAAAAUGACCAAAAUGAAUUAAAAGCACUUUUUUAUCAUAGUAUUUCUAACAAGCAGUAAGCGUUUCACGAAACUAUGUACAUUUACUGGUACUAUGGUACUUAUGUGUUCAUACAGUACAUUACAUCUUAUCAUUAAUUUAUGGCAGUUACCUAUGCUUUGGUGCCUAUCAACAAGUUUCUAGCGUUUGAAGAAAGUAUUGACAGAACAAAAUCUACAUUAAUCGUAGAAAAGGUAAUAUUUAACAGAAUGUGUAUGUUUGGUGCGCGAUAAGGAUCUAUUAGCGAAACUUACUUUUUGAAAUGUAGAAUCAAUAUUGAAUUUAUGUGUCGAGCGUAACAGCUGUUACACUAACGUGCACUGUGAUCAAAUCGCACCUGAAGUGUUGAUUUUUAUUGUUUAUCUGCAGAACUCUGUGGACUCUUUUUGGUAAAGCUGUUGGUAUGGCCAAACUAAUAUGAAUGUGGAAUUCACGUAAGCUCACAAUAUAAAAUAUGUACACGAAGCAGAUAUACUAGCAAUCGAAUAAGCAUUUGUUAAAGUAAAAUGAAAACAUAAUGAAUAGGUAACAUUCAGUUUAGAUAAGAGAUGAUCAAAAAAUUGUAAUAUAUAAAAUCCUCAGUAUCAAAUAUUAAUGUAACUGUAAUAUGUACUUUUGCUUUGGCAUAUACUCUUGGAUAUGUGGAUGCAUGUAUUUAUGUGCAUGCACUCCAGUUUCUUAGCAUUGUAUAUAAAUAUGUGUUUUACUGUUAAUUUCAAUAAUAAUGUUUAUAAUUGAUGAAGGUGAUUGAAGUAAACGCAAACGUCUGUCGUUAGAUGUUUUCUUAGUAAUUAAACAAGGAAAGAAGCAUGGACUUUGAAUUUUUGUCAAUUUGGUAUUUGAAUUGGCAAGUAAAUAUAAAUGAAUUUCCAUCUUAGAUUUUUUUCACAUCUAACCCAAAUGUCGCGGCUUGUUAAUUUGCUGGUUAAUUAAGUUUCGGGCUUUCGCAU